GUUAGCAUUCUCUGUAAUCUCUCUCUCUCUCUAUAGUUUUUUUUUUGGUGAAUCUCUCUCUCAAAAGCUUGUGCUUGAAUUUGAAUAUUUCUUCGAAAUUAAUCUGUUUCUUCGUCUGAUCAUCUCCAGAGAUUGGAAUCGAGGUUCGUAAACGAAUACUAGAGAGAUCUGAAUUCAGCUACCAAUGGCGUCUCUGGUCUCGAAUCACGAACGGUCGAGAAAUUCAAACCUUAGCUCUACAGAUCACUCAAGGAAGAAGAAGAAGAAACCGUCUACGACGGAGUCUCGGAGAAGCGCGGUAGCAGUGUCCGCCGCCGGAGACGGUGAAAGCCACGCGAGAUGGAGAUCGGAGAAGCAACAGCGGAUCUACUCUGCGAAACUGUUCCAGGCGGUGCGACAUGUCCGUCUCAACUCCUCCUCCGCCACUGCUGUAACUCCGACGGCGACGACUCGGGGAAAGGCAGUCCGAGAAGCGGCCGAUCGCGCUCUCGCCGUCGCUGCACGUGGAAGGACAAUCUGGAGCCGAGCGAUUUUGGCAAACCGGAUCAAGCUGAAGUUCCGGAAACAGAAACGGCCGAGACCAGCGGCGGGUGCAGCCAUCGCCGCGAGUGGACGCCAGAGGAAGCCUAGAUUGGCGGUAGUGAGGCUGAAGGCGAAGAGUUUGCCGGCGGUUCAGAGGAAAGUGCAGGUUCUCGGGCGGUUGGUCCCCGGUUGCCGGAAACAGCCGUUGCCGGUCAUUCUGGAAGAAGCGACUGAUUACAUACAGGCACUGGAGAUGCAAAUCCGAGCUAUGAGUACUCUUGCGGAGCUCCUCUCCGGCUCGGCUCCUCCGCCGAGCUGAUGAGGGUAGAAGCGUCAUUUUGUUACAAUUCCUCUGUUAUAUAUAUAUAUAUACAGUGUUUCUGUUGAAUAAUCUCUCUGCAAUUCUC